ACACUCGUGGAAGGGAAGCUGUUCAACGCUGAAGUUGCCUCUGCUAUGGCGAAAAUCAUCUUGAGGCACCUCAUAGAGACCCCAGUGCGUUAUCAGGAGGAGUUCGAAGCUCGAGGCUUGGAAGACUGCAGGCUGGAUCAUGCUCUGUAUGCCUUGCCCGGGCCGACCAUCGAGGACCUGAGGAAAGCCAGAGGCACCCUGCCAGCUCCUGCAGAGGACUCAGCAUCCACCGCGACGCCACCCGGAGAGGGCAAAUCCCGGUUCCAGAUACUCCUGGACGUGGUCCAGUUCCUGCCGGAGGACAUCAUCAUCCAGACCUUCGAAGGCUGGCUGCUGAUCAAGGCGCAGCACGGACCCAGAAUGGAUGAGCACGGGUUUAUAUCCCGGAGUUUCACCAGACAGUACAAACUGCCGGACGGCGUCGAAACCAAAGAUUUGUCUGCCAUUCUCUGUCACGAUGGAAUCUUGGUGGUGGAGGUAAAGGAUCCACUCAGGACCAAGUAAAACUUUUUCGGUUCUUGUCCAUAGCGCAGGAGGAAGACGGGAGCCCGCGACUUUGAGAUGGUUUGCUGUAACUUUUAUGAAGAUUAAAGAAU